GGACCGAAGCGGUUCGGAGCAGUUCGGCGGCGCUCGGCUCGGUUCGGCCCGGCCCGGAGCGGGGUCCCGGGCCGGUACCGGCGAUGGGGCCGCUGCCGGUGCCGCUGCUGCUGCUGCUGCUGAGCCCGGUGCCGGGGCGGGCCGGGGGGUGCCCCCCGUGUCCCCGCGGGGUCCCCGAGCCCUGCGACAGCCGCUGCCCACCCUGCGCCCGCACGCGGAGCCCCGCGGAGGAGGAGCCGGAGGAGCCGUGCCCGCCCUGCCCGCCCUGCAGCCACGAGGCCACGGCGCCGCUCCCUGAGGGGACCCCGCCGGUGUCGGGGGCUCCCCGAGUGACCGCGCCGGUGUCGGGGGCCACCCCCGAGCCCCCCAGGGACAUCAUCCCCCUGUACUGCGCCCUCCUGGCCGGCCUCGUCGUGGGGCUCGUGGCCUACGUGGCCUUCAAGUGCUGGGACACCUGCAGGAAGAAGCGGCAGCUGGACAAGGCGCGGGACGCGGCGGACGCGGGGGUGGCGGCCGAGGCCGAGAAGCUGCGGGGGGACAGCGGCGCCUGCCCGGAGAGCGCCGGCCUGGAGCCGCCUCAGCCCCCGCCCCCCGAGGGUCCCUCGCUGCUCCCGGGGUCCCCGCGGCGCCCGGAGGAGCCGGGAGAGCUGGAGCGGCUCCUGGAGCUGGGAGCGCCCGGCAGCAGCGAGCGGCGCGGCCCCGGCGCCGCGGGGACACCGGGGGACGUCACCUCGGCCGUGUGACACCCCCGGGGCCGCGCCCGAUCCCGGCGGCGCUGCCGCUUCCCGAUGGAUUCCUGGGGAGUUUUUUUUACGUGGGUUUUGUACUUUUUUAGGGAUUCUGGAGGGUGGGACGGGGACCUUUGGUGGCUGGUGCCUGGGUGGGGGCAUUAAACGUG